AGAAGCACUCCAACUUCAGUUCACAAACUGCCAGAACCCGGAAGACUUGUACAAGCUCGGCUUGUGCUUGUUUUGUGGAGUCAGUGCUUCUGGGCCGCGAGGCAAACGCGCCGAUUACGCCUCACAUACUUAGAUAUGUGGAAGACCUCGAGUUCUUCUUCCGGAUUCCUUGGGGGAAGCACUCAUUCGCCAGACUCAUGCACUCGCUUCAGAAAGACAUGUUGAAACAGAAGGCCAACUACGAGAAGAAGCUGAGUUCGGAUGUUCAGCACGAGUGCAAAUACACAGCAUAUGGCUUCGCACCUGCAGUACAAUAUUGGGCGUAUGAGGCCAUUUUGGAGGUUGGGAAGAGGUAUGGCACGAACCACGGGAUUCGGUUCCCCAGGAUGCUUAGCUGGACGAGCAAAGGCGAUAUUGGGAAGAAAGACGUCAGCGCAUUAUUUUCUAGACGGAAUCUUGAAGUGGUCAAGGGGCUACUUCCACGGACAGAGGAGGAGGCAUUUGUGAGGACCAUAUCUUACGAUGGUGUGGAGAACCUGGUUGAUGAUGUUGUGGAUGACACAGAGGCUGAGGCAGGUAGUCAGGUACCAGAGACUCAGGUCCCAGACACUCAGGAAACAGACACUCAGGCCACUGGUUCAGAACCUCAGCCCAGUGCACCAUCUUCAUCAGGCGUUCGGGGUGCCGAGUACACUGAUUUAGUGGCUCGGUUGGAUAGGAUCGAGGCUGACACUCAGGGUCUGUAUGCUGCUCAUGUCGAGCUGAAGAAGGCAUACGAGACCAGCCAUGUAGAGCUGAAGGGUGGUCAGAACGUAAUUAUGGAGCAGCUCAGACACAUAUUGGCCAUGUUGAAUCGUCCGCCAACGACAGCUUCAGCACCGGAGGCCCCAGCAGAUCCAUCUACCCCACCACCAGCUGCUUCACCCCCAGUAGAAGAGGAUGAGGUCUUCCCCGACGAUUACGAUCCUUAUGAGGGAGCUCCAGCGACUCCGAUCGAGGCACAACCUCUUAUCCAUGUACAUGACACCGAGUCGCAGGGUGAGAUUCUGUCCAUAGAGGCACAACCUGCAGUGGUUAAGAGUCGGAAGAGGAAGAGAAAGCCUCCUGUAUGGUUCGGUGACUAUACGGAGAUGAAGAGGAGACAUAGGCCAUCUUCGACUUUUGAUCCCCUAGAGCCACCGGAUGAGAAAUUGUUAACCACUUUCCGAAAGUGGUGUGUUGGACUCAUUCCGAAUCACCGACUUCGGGAUUUGAGAAGUGGUGAUUACGGUCCAGGAUUCUUUUGGAUAAUGCUCACACCAAAGGAAUGGCUUACAGAUGACCAUAUAGAUGCAGCAAUGCAUAUGCUGAGGAGGCGACGCACCGACUAUCCACUGACAUUUCCUCAGAAGGGUAUCAUUCUCUCCACAUUCGUGACCGCCAUGAUGAGCAGUGCAUGGACGAGCCACAAGGGUCCGAGGAAAAACUUUAAAUGGGAGGAUUAUAUCCUGGACUACUGCAGAGGGGCUCAUAAGGUAUUGUUUUAGUAAGAUUUUAAAUGUUAAUUGUUUGGGAAGAUUAUUAUGGUUUGUUAAUUGUUUCGUUGUUCUCUGUAAUUACAGUCCCAAGUCUUUGAGAGAUGGAGGGGUAACGAGUUUAUUUACUUCAUUCUGCACCUUCC